AUGGGGAUCACUUGCCUUAGUUGGCUGCUUCUUCCCAGACAUACCAUAGAACACAGCGACAGUGAGCUCCCACAACCACGAUCCAUAACACCUUUCCCUGAAGGCGGGCAGGAAAGAUCAACCUCUCAAGAACUACCAACCACAUCCAUCCCAAUGGCGAACCGCCGCUCCCAAAAAUCAACUACCCCAUCUAGCCGCGUACCCAGCACUCCAAAGACCUCGUCGUCACUAUCUCCAGUCCCCUCGCCGGUGCAAACCCCAGUUCACAAUUCAUAUACUUCGUCAAGAAGGCAUCCCACGAAUAUCGAGUCGGGGAAUAUGCGCCAGAAGAAUCUUGAUGCGCAAAGCGCUCGCUUUGAAGAAAUUCUACGGAAUCAUAUCGCAGAAAUGAAAAAGACGCACGCUUAUGUCGUUCGCAGUACUCUUACAGCUGCGCGACUCGAUUUAAAUUCGCGCACUCCUCCCCCGGGCAUAAUAUAUGAUGAGACCUCACCAUUUGAGGAUAUGAAAUCCAUUGAAAUUGCCGUAACUGAGGCAAAAGAUAAGAGGUUAGAUGUCGGGAGGUUUAGUGUUAGGGUUCAUGGGAAAGCGCACUCUAGUAGUGAAAUUAAAUUGGUGGUGCCGGCCACAAUUAGUGAGACACCAAAGACGCUGGCGCAAAUGCCGAAAUACCACAGCUAUACCACGCUCAGGAACAAUAUUCUAGCAGAUGAUGACGAGAUAAUGAGAUAUUUCCCGUACUUUGGAGAGGAUGUAGAAGAAGAUGAAUUGCACUUGGAAGAUACUUUUCUUGAUAAGACAAAGUCGAGUGCAGAAGAGGGAAAGAACAGCGAAUAUGCGGCGCUGUACACAACUUUCAUAAAUUCGUUCUUGAAAGAUUUGGACCUGUCACUACCUUCUGUAACACACUACCUUCUAACACCCCACCCGCGCAAUGAGUCCAUUCGUCGCGAGGCACUUCCGGAUGACUUCGAUCCCCAAGAUCCAAAAGUGAGAGCUUGUCGUGAAAAUCUAAAAGCAGAUAUUUCGGCCGAUGAACUAGAUAGAGCAGAAACCGCGUGUAGGGUGUUCAUGCAAAUAACUGAUCUAUCCAUGUGGGAGAUCAUGAAGAGGGCAGAUCAGAUGGUAAAGGAACGUGUAGAUCCACCAAGAACGGGGAUGGGGGGUGGGAGAGAAGAUGGGGGGUGGGGCGGGAGAGAAGGACGUGGUGUAAUUGAAGGAGAAGACCCUGCUCCGUACAGUCUAGACAGUUAUGCGGCCUUAAACUGUUUGCUAUGUUUCAUGCACGAGUGUCCUUUUCACGUGAACAAAGAUCACGACCGUCUGGCUAUGUCGACUAUAACCGCCACAGGCAAAGAUAAAACAAUAUUUAGAUUAGCGACUAAUGUUCAAGGAUGGUCUUACGGUGCAAAAGGGGCAACGAAGGAUCCGUGGGGCGGCAAGCAGGGUGAAGAGAACCUGUGCUCUGAGGGAUGUUUUAUGAAGGAAAUCAACAAAGAAACAGCAGUGACGGGAGUUUGGUCAACCGCGCAGUUGGAGCUAUUGCGAAGCUCGGCAGGGGUAUUAAAGAUGAACCCCCGUUGCGCAUGUCUUAUCACCUGCGUAAUCAACAAGCCCUGUGCCGAAAUCUACCGUCAACUAGGGAUAGAGAAUCUUCUCAUGCCUCCUGGCUGCCAGACCGAAGACCAGGUCGCAACAGUAGAACACAAUGAACCUCGACCAAGCACGAAACGUAAGAAGCCCGCCGUCUCUUCUCUUCCCGGUUACCCGGCAGAUUGCUACUUAACCCACGCCCACGAACGACGGUCCGCAUUCCAAGCUUGCCGCCAUCUAGGACAAUGCACGGAAAGCUGCCCAUGUGUCAUCAGUCAUGUCACAUGCGAGAAAUCCUGUAUCUGCAGCCCCGAUUGCCCCCGCCGAUGGCGUGGGUGCGCCUGUAAAAGAGAAGGCCGAGCAUGCGUCAAGGACUCCUGCAUAUGCGUCAAGGCCAAUCGCGAAUGUGACGUUGACCUUUGUCACUCUUGUGGGUCCGCGGAAGCAUUGGAUCCAGUUAACAGAUAUGAAGAAAGAUUCCUCCGCGAAGGCUGCCAGAACGUAUGGCUUCAACGUGAUAUGCCAAAGCGAACUCUCCUUGGCCGUUCUGCUGUUGCAGGUUUCGGACUCUUCGUGGGCGAGGACGUCAAAAAAGACGCCUUCCUAGGCGAAUACAAGGGCGAAGUAAUCACUUCUGACGAAGCUGACCGUCGAGGUAAACUGUACGACAAACGAGGCGUCUCCUUCCUUUUUAAUCUUAACCUAAAUCAUGUAAUCGAUGCCACCCGUGCAGGCAACAAAUUUCGCUAUGUAAACCAUUCAAAAACAAGUCCAAAUUGCGGUGCAAAGGUAUUCAUGGUAAACUGCACACACCGAAUCGGAAUGUUCGCCAGGCGUGACCUCCGCGCCGGAGAAGAACUGUUCUUUGAUUACGGGUACAACAACAAGCAGAUCAAGUUUGUACAGAAGGAAUUCGAGCCUCCUGAAAUGAUUAACCCCUCUGCAGCUGCAGGCGCAGCAAAGAAAAAGAGAACUAGAAAGAAGGAACUCGAAUAUCUGAAAGGUGGAAAGGGUACUACCGAGCGCUCCCGUGCUCGCAUCACAGCCGCAGAGGCAAAUCAAGCCAAACCUACACAGACAACCACCCUUCCAAUUUCUACCGCGGCUACCAGAGUCCGCGACCGCUCAGGGAGAAGCUCAGAAUCCACACAUGAAACAACAUCGGAAGAAGACUCGCACCAUCAAGAAGACGAAGUUUCAGGUGAAAGCGUAGAUGAAGAAUACGAGCCAGAACCAGAGACGGAGGAAAGUCUAGCAGUAGCUGAAUUAGGCAGCACGGCAGACGUGACAGAAAUAGAGGAGUCUGAAGAAGAGCCGCCUCGAAGACCGAAGAGGGUACGAGGCCGAGGUCAUUGA